AUGGACUUCACUGGCAUUGGGAUUCUUAUAGUAGUCACCUUAGAAACUACCUACGCUGGAUACGCGCGUCACAUUUUCAACGAAAAUAAUAAGAAUCAAGAACCAAGUUUACAAAAAGAGGUCAGCUUCCUGGAAGGCAGUGAUUUCAAAAAACUACAGUUAUUCCGGAAUAAUGAGCCAAUGAUUCACAAAAAUAAUAAAAAAGCAUUGAAAUACACAAUGGCUUAUUUCAAAGGUAGUGUAGAUGGGCUGAAAGGCAAUUAUCCGAUAGAGCCAUAUAAUGAUGACCAAGGUAAUCAAAAGAACCAGAUGUACCAAAACACCGAGCAAAAUUAUGAACUCAUACCCUCGACAUUGAUGAACAAGAAGAGCUCUGAAACAACAGUUGACUACAAAUACAAUGCGAACCAGAGAUCUGAGUUCCAAAGCAUCGGACCACCAGUGGAUUCCUACAAUAUAAAUCCUAAUUCUCAGAGAAUUGAAGUGCUCCAAACACCCGAUUUUAUCCCCAAGAAGACACUAGGAGACUAUACCAAACCAUUGGAUGGAAACCAGUAUAACCAGGGAGCUUACUGGCUCCCAAGUAACCAACCAUCAGACACAUACGUGCAAAGUUUUCGGGAAACCAUGGAUGAUGCAUCGCAGAAUGAUAAUUGGUACCAAAACCCACAAGCCUUGGUGAGACUUAUGGAACAAAUGAAAACCGACAACUCUGGACAUCAAGACGAUUACAUAUCCACGAAACUAUUCAGGCAGACCGAGUCCAAGAAAGAAGAAGAUUCGAGCGUUCUGGAGAACUCCGGUACCGAAUACGAUCAGUUCAAGAGCUCCAAGCCCAAGUACGACCAGGAGCCAAAGUACGACCAGGAGCCCAAGGACUACCAGGAGCCCAAGUACUACCAGGAGCACACGAAAACCAUCGAACAUACCAAGCCGUACCAUAUACAGGUGGUGAAGAAAACCGGGGUACCCGAACCGCACCUCGUCAAAAUCGCGGUACCGCAGGUCAUCAAACUGAAGGCGCCUGCUCCUUACGCGGUGCACGUUCCAGUGCCGGUACCGGUGGCGGUACCCAUCUACAAGCUGGUGCCACAGGUGGUGGAGAAGAGGAUCCCCAUCGAGGUGGAGAAGCUGGUGCCCAUGUACGUGGAUAAGCCCUAUAAUGUCACCAUGGAGAAGCACUAUCCGGUGUAUGUGGACAGGCCCUACCCUGUUAAUGUGACCAUUUAUAAGCACGUUUAUAGGAAAAACAAGCAUUCAUAUAGUGGAUUUGUCAAGGAGCAUCAUCCUCAUCGCUAUCGGCAUUGGGACUGA